AUGGCGGCGAGGCCAACCGCUCUUCUGGUGCUCGUCUGCGCCGUGGCAGCCCUGGCCGCGUCGGCCGGCGCGACGCAGUUCAGGGUGGGCGGGCAGAGCGGGUGGAGCGUGCCGGGCGCCGGCUCCGAGUCCUACAACACCUGGGCGGGGCGGCUCCGGUUCCAGAUCGGCGACAAGCUGCUGUUCGUGUACCCCAAGGAGACGGACUCGGUGCUGCUGGUGGACGCGGCCGCCUACAACGCCUGCAACACCUCGUCGUACGUCGCCAGGUUCGACGACGGCAGCACCUUGUUCACGUUCGACCGCUCGGGCCCUUUCUUCUUCGUCAGCGGCAACGAGGCUAACUGCCGCGCCAACGAGAAGCUCGUCGUCGUCGUCCUCGCCGACCGCUCCGGCACCCGCACCCCGCCGGCAGCGCCGCCGACGUCGUCCUCGCCUCCUGCGGCUGCGCCUGCGACGAGCCCGUCAUCGUCGCCACCCUCGGGCGCUGCUGCUCCCGUGCCGGUUCCCGCGGCCACCCCGACCUCGCCGCCGUCCCCGGCGGCUUCGGCUCCGGCGCCCGCUCCCACCACCAACCCGAGCUCGCCGCCGGCGCCCGCUGCCCAAACCCCGUCGCCGUCCACAACACCAGGACCGUCUGCUUCCGCCAACCCGCCAUCCGCCGGGGGCAGGAGCCCGCCGUCUCCUUCUGCCAGCGCGCCGGCCGCCGGGGGCAGCAGCUCCACCACACCGCCCCCGCCUUCCGCGGCUGCCUCCGUGGUCGCGGGCUUCGUCGGCUCGCUCGGCGCUUUGAUCGGUUACGCCAUGCUUGCUGCCUGA